GAGUCUCCCCAGGACAGUGCCAUCACCAGAGACAUUAACAGGACUUUCCCAGCUCACGACUAUUUCAAGGACACUGGAGGAGACGGCCAAGACUCACUCUACAAGAUCUGCAAGGUGAGGAGAGGAGGGAGUAGUAGAAGAAGAAAGAUGAAUUAUCCCCAAGGGGAAAAUGGUCUUGCUUCAGAAUCGUAAAAACAUUGCAUUACAACACAUUACUAGGAGGGAAGGCCCCACAACCGCUCAAAGAUUGGUUUGAAUAAGAAGCGAAGAAAUACAAAAACUGGAGCCAAGAAAUCUGUAGCUAACGCAAUGCUUGGCUGAGCAGUAAGCGCUCCACCAUCGAGACUGUAUUAUUAUUGACAGAAAAGUUUUUGGUUCAGAUACUAAUAUCACAGUCAGGUAAUAAUAAAGAAAAACAUUAACCCCAGAUGCUUCUCAAUAAUUCAACAGCUUUCUGUGUGUGUGUCUGCUCUCCCUGUAUGUUUGAUCCUUAUAAGUUGAAUGCACCAAUUUGUAAGUCGCUCUGGAUAAGACGUAAAUGUAAAUAUCCAUUGUGCUGCUGUGUUUCAGCAUUGACUCUUUCAGCCAGGGAUUACAGACUAGCUCAGAAUGCUACAGCUCAGACCUCCCUCUCUAUCUCCAUUUACAGUUCAGGGAGUUUAUUAUGUCAUUCAUUACGACCAAUGGUCAUUUUCACUUUGUGUAAAGGAGAGUUGUAGUGGAUCCAAUGGCCCAGUGGGUUUGAUUGUGGGUUUGAUUUCUGCAAGGGUGACUUUCUUAAUGUGUCACUGUCAAUGUUGACAGUUCUGUAAGACGUGUACUUUACAAUAGCACUAACAGCUCGUCUCCAGUCCUGUCUCUAACGUUGAGAGUCUGUUCCUCUCUCCUCCCCAGGCCUACUCAGUGUAUGAUGAGGAGAUUGGCUACUGCCAGGGACAGUCUUUCCUGGCUGCUGUGCUGCUGCUGCACGUGAGUUACACAUGACAACAGCAGAGCUGGGAUCUGAUGUAGACAUGCUCUCUCUCUCUCUCUCUCUCUCUCUCUCUCUCUCUCUCUCUCCUCUCUCUCUCUCUCUCUCUCUCUCUCUCUCUCUCUCUCUCUCUCUCUCUCUCUCUCUCUCUGUCCCUGCGUGUGUGCGUGUGUCUCUCUCUCUCGCUCUCUCCCUCUCCUUCCCUCUCUCCUCACGGGCUCAGGUCUGUGAUGGAGUGCUCUAGGCUGGAGGAGGUUCAUGGCAGAUGUCUCCUUCCCUCCCUCUCAGCCAUCACAGUGCCAGAGCUCUCUCCUCUCUCUGAAGGAAACACUGACACCUAGUGAAUAGACAGUGAACUAUUCUGUUAUUAUUUCAGAGAUACACUAACUUUCAGGCUUAGUACCGAGAUGGCCUAUGGUGAACAGUCAGAUAUCAAGAGAAGACAAUGACUCUCCUUUUCAAUCUAAUUGAAAGGUUUUUGAAAGAUGAAAUCAGAUCUGAUGCAUCGUUUUAGUACUGUUCCAAUUAGAUAGAUGUGUAGGACAAUAAACAUUGAUGCAGAUAUGUCCCAGCCCAGUGGGUGCUUGUGAUUGCUGAUGUACCUACUGUAUGUAUUCUCUCUCUGUACCCCUGUCUAGAUGCCUGAGGAGCAGGCCUUUAGUGUCCUGGUCAAGAUCAUGUUUGACUAUGGACUCAGGGAGCUCUUCAAGCAGAACUUUGAGGAUUUACACUGCAAGUUCUUCCAGCUGGAGCGACUCAUGCAGGUGAGAGGACGUGUGUGCGUGUGGGUCCCGUGUGGCUCAGUUGGUAGAGCAUGGCGCUUGCAACGCCAGGGUUGUGGGUUUGAUUCCCACAGGGGACCAGUACUGGAAAAAGUACAAAAAUGUAUCCACCCACUACUGAAAGUCGCUCUGGAUAAGAGCGUCUGCUAAAUGAAUAAAAUGUCAAUGUAAAUGUAAAAAUGAGUGUGUGUGCCUGUGUGUGUUACUUUGUGUGUUUCUCUACCUACUGUUACUGUAGUCAUUGUUCUCCUGUCUCUUUCUCUCUCUCUGUGUAUCCGGAGUACACUUCUGCUGUUGAUGAUUACUGUAGUGUAACGGUUUCUUUCUUUCUCUUUCUGUGUCUCUAAUAGGAGUACAUCCCAGACUUGUAUAACCACUUCCUGAACGUGGGUCUGGAGGCUCAUAUGUACGCCUCUCAGUGGUUCCUCACGCUCUUCACUGCCAAGUUCCCCCUCUACAUGGUGUUCCACAUCAUAGACCUGCUUCUCUGUGAGGUAGCUAUCUAUCCCCCCCUAGCCCCAUACCCUCAUCCUUCUCCCUAACCCUCUCCCUAACCCUCACCUCUCUCCCUAACCUUCGCCUAUUUCCCUAACCCUCUCCCUAACCCUCGCCCCAAUGUCACCCCUCUCCCUAAACCCUCUUCCAAACCCUCACCCCUAAUCCUCACCUCUCUCCAUAACCCUCACCCCUCUCCCUUCUCAUAACCCUCUCCCUAACCCCUCCCCAUAACCCUCACCUCUCUCCCUAACCCUCACCUCUCUCCUUAACCCUCACCCCUCUUCCUAACCCUCACCCCUCUCCCUAACCCUCAACCCUCCUCCUAACCCUCACCCCUCUCCCUUCUCCUAACCCUCUCCCUAACCCCUCUCCAUAACCCUCACUUCUCUCCCUAACCCCCCUCUCCCUAACCCUCACCUCUCCCCCAACCUCACCCCCUCCCCUAACCCCACCUCCCCCAACCCGCACCACCCCCCAACCCCCCUCCCUAACCCCACCUCUCUCCCUAACCACCUCGCCUAUUCCCUAACCCCCCAACCCCGGCCCCCUGUCCCCACCCCUCUCCUAACCCUCUUCCAACCCCACCCCUAACCUCCCCUCCCAAACCCUAACCCCCUCCCUUCUCAUAACCCUCCCAAACCCCGUCCCAUUGCCAAACCCCCCCACCCGCCCAACCCCCCCCCAACCCUCCCUCCCCUACCCAACCCCACCCUCCAACCCUCACCCCUCUCCCAACCCCACCCCCGCCAACCCCACCCCUCCCCCCUAACCCCCCCUAACCCCCUCCAACCCUCACCAUUCUCGCCAACACCCCUCCCUAACCCUAACCCCACCCUCUCCCAUAUCCUCACCCCCUCUCUACCCCCCCCGCCCAACCCCAACCCCUCCCCACCCCUACCCCUCCCAACCCUCCCACCCCCUCCCUAAACCUCCCACCUAGCCCCUAACCCUCUCGCCAACCCUCCCCAACCCAACCCCCUCCCCAAACCCCAAACCCUCCCAACCCUCACCCCCCUAACCCACCAAAACCCCACCCGCAACCCGCACCCCUCUCCCUUCCAACCCCUCCCAACCCCCCCAUAACCCUCCUCCCCCUCCCUAACCCUCCCACCCUCUCUCCUUAACCCUCCCACCCCUCUUCCCAACCCCCCUCCCUCUCCUCACCCUCCCCUCCUCCCAACUCCUCACCCCUCUCCCUUCUCCUAACCUCCUCUCCCUAACCCUCUCCUCCCAAUCCCUCCCAUCCCUCUCCCCCCCCCCUACACCCCCUCCUCCUAACCCUACCCUCACCUCUCUCCCUAAUCCUCACCCCCCUCCCCUAACCCCCUCCACCACCCCUCCCAACCCUCACCCCCCCCCCCCACCCCUCCCUAACCCUCACCCUCCUCACCCUCUCCCUAAACCUUCGCCUAUUUCCCUAACCCUCUCCCUAACCCUCGCCCCAAUGUCACCCCUCUCCCUAAACCCUCUUCCAAACCCUCACCCCUAAUCCUCACCUCUCUCCAUAACCCUCACCCCUCUCCCUUCUCAUAACCCUCUCCAUAACCCUCCCCAUAACCCUCACCUCUCUCCCUAACCCUCACCUCUCUCCUUAACCCUCACCCCUCUCCCUAACCCUCAACCCUCCUCCUAACCCUCACCCCUCUCCCUUCUCCUAACCCUCUCCCUAACCCCUCUCCAUAACCCUCACUUCUCUCCCUAACCCCUCUCCCUAACCCUAACCCUCACCUCUCUCCCUAAUCCUCACCCCUCUUCCUAACCCUCACCCUCACCCCUAACCCUCACCACCCUCCCUAACCCUCACCCUUAACCCUCACCUCUCUCCCUAACUUUCGCCUCUUUCCCUAACCCUCAGCCCCUCCCCUCCCUCACCUCUCCCUAACCCUCACCCCUCUCCCUAACCCUCACCCCUCUCCCUAACACUCUACCCUUUCCAUACUCUCACCCCUUUCCAUACCCCUAACCCGGCUCCAUACCCCUAAACCUCCCCCCUCCCCCUAACCCUCAUCUCUCCUUAACCCUCACCUCUCUCCCUAACCCUCACCUCUCUUCCUAACCCUAACCCUUUUCCUUACCCCUCUUCCUAACUAACACUCACCCAUCUUCCUAACCCUCACCCCUAUUUCUAACCAUCACCUCUCGCCCUAACCUCACCUCUCUCCCUAACCCUCAUCCCUCUUCCUAACCCUAACCCCUCCCUAACCCCUCUCCCUAACCCUCACCCCUCCCUAACCCUUCUCCCUAACCCUCACCCCUCCCUAACCCUUCUCCCUAACCCUCUACCCUUUCAAUACCCCUCACCCCUUUCCAUACCCCUAACCCUGCUCCAUACCCCUAAACCUCACCCCUCCCCCUAACCCUCAUCUCUCCUUAACCCUCUCCCUUCUCCUAACCCCCACCCCUAACUCUCACUCCUCUCCAUAACCCUCACCCUAACCCUCCACUCUCUCCCUAACCCUCACCUCUCUCCCUAAACCCUGCACCCCUAACCCUCCACCAUCUCUCCCUUAACCCUCACCCCUCUUCCUACCCUCAACCCCUCUCCCUAACCCUCAACCCUCCUCCUAACCCUCACCCCCUCUCCUUCUCCUAACCCUCGUCCCUAACCCCUCUCCAUAACCCUCACUUCUCUCCCUAAACUAACCCCUCUCCCUAAACCCUAACCCUCAACCUCUCUCCCUAAUCCUCACCCCCUCUUCCUAACCCUCACCCCUCACCCCUAACCCCACCACCCCCUCCCCUAACCCUCACCCUUAAACCCUCACCUCUCUCCCUAACUUUCUCCUCUUUCCCUAACCCUCAGCCCCUCCCCUCCCUCACCCCUCCCUAACCCCUCUCCUAACCCUCACCCCUCUCCCUAACACUCUACCCGUUCCAUAUACCUCACCACCCCUUUCCAUACCCCUACCCAACCCGGCUCCAUACCCCUAAACCUCCCCCCUCUCCCCCUAACCCUCAUCUCUCCUUAACCCUCACCUCUCUCCCUAACCCUCACCCUCUCUUCCUAACCCUAACCCUUUUCCUUACCCCCCUCUUCCUAACUAACACUCACCCAUCUUCCUAACCCUCACCCCUAUUUCCUAACCAUCACCUCUCCGCCCUAAACCUCACCUCUCUCCCUAACCCUCAUUCCCUCUUCCUAACCCUAACCCCUCCCUAAACCCCUCUCCCUAACCCUCACCCCCUCCCUAAAAAAAACCCUUCUCCCUAACCCUCACCCCCUCCCUAACCCUUCUCCCUAACCCUCUACCCUUUCAAUACCCCUCACCCCCUUUCCAUACCCCUAACCCUGCUCCAUACCCUAAACCGCACCACCUCCUCAACCCUCCCCCUAACCACUCAUCUCUUAACCUAAGAACCCUCUCCCUUCUCCUAAACCCCCCCCCCUAACCUCUCAUCUCCUCUCCAAUAACCCUCCACCCUAAACCCUCCACUCCUCUCCCGGAAAACCCUCACACUCUCUCGCCCCUAAAACCCCUCCUCAACUUCUCUCCCUAACCCCUCAACCCCUAAACCUGGGCCCCCCCCCCUCACCUCUCUCCCUAACCCUCACCUCUCUCCCCCCCUAAACCCCUCACCACCCCUCCUCCCUAAACCCCCACCCCCUCUCCCCUCCCUGACCCUCCCUCCCUAACCCCAACCCUCCACCCUCUCCUACCCCUCACCCAACUCCCAACCCUCACCCCUAACCCUACCCACUCUUCCUAACCCUCACCUCCUCCCCUAACACACCCACUCCCUCUCCUAACCCCACCUCUCCCAACCCCUACCCCAACCCCACCUCUCUCCCUAACCCUCCCCUUCCCUAACCCCACCCCCCUUACCUUAGCCUUCAACCCUUCCACCCAAGCGCCUACAGUUAACCUCAAAAUUAAACCUCCCCCAAACUCCCCCCCCCACCCCCCCUACCCUCCCACCCCCCACCCCCCUCUCCCCCCCCUCACCCCAACCCCACCCCUCUUUUACUAACUCAACCUUCCCCAAACGCCUUAUACUAAUCUGCUAAUACCUUACUCCCCCUCUCCACCUGCCUCCCUCUCCCUACCCCUUCCUCCUAACCCCACUCCCUAACCUCCCACCCUCAACCCUCCUUUCUCUCUUUCUGGACACCCUCAUUUCUCUGUGUACCCCAAACCCUCUCCCACUGUCUUUCUACUCUCACCUCCCUCUCUCUGUAUGGAUAUCCCCUCUACUUCCCUCUAGUUUCUGUCUCUCACCAACCCUCACCCCUCUCCCUAACACUCACCCCUCUCCCUAACCCCCGCCCCUCUCCUAACCCUCACCCCUCUCCCUUCUCCUAAACCUCACCCCAAAUCCUGCUCAGCACCCCAUCCCUAACCCUCACCCCUCUCCCUAACCCUCACCCCUCUUCCUAACCAUCACCCUCCUCCUAACCCUCACUCCGAACCCUUCUCUGAACCCUCACCCCUCUCGCUAACCCUACCCCCUCGCCCCCCCCUCCCUAACCCCUCUUUCUAACCCUCAGCCGUCUUCCUAACCCUCUCCCUGACCCUCACCCCAACCCUCACCUCUCUCCUUAACCCAUCCCCUCUCCUAACCCUCACCCCUCUCCCUUCUCUUAACCCUCACCCCAACGUCACCCCUCUCCCUAACCCCUCUUCCAAACCCUCACCCCUAAUCCUCACCUCUCCAUAACCCUCGCCCCUCUCCCUUCUCCUAACCCUCUCCCUAACCCCUCUCCCUAACCCUCACCUCUCUCCCUAACCCCUCUCCCUAACCCUCACCUCUCUCUCUAACCUAACCCUCACCUCUCUCCCUAACCCUCACCUCUCUACCUAACCCACACUCCUCUCCCUUCUCCUAACCCUCACACCUCUCCCUAACCCUCACCCUCCCCCUAACCCUCACUCCUCUCCCUUCUCCUAACCCUCACACCUCUCCCUAACCCACACCCUCACCCCCUCCCUCUCCCUAACCCAUCUCCAUAACCCUCACCUCUCUCCCUAAACCCUCUCCCUAACCCUAACCCACACCUCUCUCCCUAAUCCUCACCCCUCUUCCUAACCCUCACCCCUCUCCCUAACCCUCACCACCCUCCCUAACCUCUCCCUAACCUUCACCUCUUUCCCUAACUCUCACCCCCUCCCUAACCCCUAACCCUCACCCUCCUCCCUAACCCUCACCUCUCUCCCUAACCCUCGUCCCCCUCCCUAACCCUCGCACUCUUCCUAACCUCACCCCUCUUCCUAACCCUCAGCCGUCUUCCUAACCCUCUCCCUGACCCUCACCCCAACCCUCACCUCUCUCCCUAACCCUCACCCCUCUCCCUUCUCUUAACGCUCACCCCAACGUCACCCCUCUCCCUAACCCCUCUCCAUAACCCUCACCUCUCUCCCUAAACCUUCUCCCUAACCCUUACCCUCACCUCUCUCCCUAAUCCUCACCCCUCUUCCUAACCCUCACCCCCUCCCUAACCCUUGCCCUCUCCUUAACCCUCACCACCCUCCCUAACCCUCACACCUCUCCCUAACCCUCACCACCCCUCCCUAACCCUCACACCUCUCCCUAACCUUCACCCUCACCCCCUCCCUCUCCCUAACCCCUCUCCAUAACCCUCACCUCUCUCCCUAAACCCUUUCCCUAACCCUAACCCUCACCUCUCUCCAUAAUCCUCACCCCUCUUCCUAACCCUCACUCCUCUCCCUAACCCUUGCCCUCUCCUUAACCCUCACCACCCUCCCUAACCCUCACCCCUAACCCUCACCUCUCUCCCUAACCUUCACCUAUUUCCCUAACCCUCACCCCCCUCCCUAACCUCACCCCCCUCCCUAACCUUCACCCCUCCCUAACCCCUCUCCCUAACCUUCACCCCUCCCUAACCCCUCUCCCUAACCCUCACCCCUCUCCCUAACCCUCACCAACCUCCCUAAACCUCACCCCUAACCCUCACCUCUCUCCCUAACCUUCACCUCUUUCCCUAACCCUAACCCUCACCCCCCCUCCCUAACCCUAACCCCUCCCUAACCCCUCUCCCUAACCCUCUUCCCUCUCCCUAACACUCACCCCUCCCUAACCCCUCUCCCCUCUCCCUAACACUCUCCCCUUUCCAUACCCUUAACCCUAUUCCUUACCCCUCUUCCUAACUCUAACCCUCACCUCUCUCCCUAACCUCGCCUCUCUCCCUAACCCUCAUCCCUCUUCCUAACCCCCACCCCUUUCCCUAACCCUCACCGCUAACCCUCACCUCUAACUCUCUCCCUAACCCUCGCCCCCCCUCCCUAACCCUCGCCCCCCCUCCCUAACCCUCAACCUCCCUCCCUAACCCUCAACCUCCUCCCUAACCCUCACCCCUCUCCCUAACCCUCACCCCAACCCUCGCCCCUCUCCCUUCUCCUCACCCCAACCCUCGCCCCUCUCCCUUCUCCUAACCCUCACCCCUAACUCUCACUCCUCUCCAUAAUCCUCAACCCUCUCCCUAACCCUGACCUCUCUCCCUAACCACUCUUCCUAACCCUCACCCCUCUUCCUAACCCUCACCCCUCUCCCUAACCCUCACCUCUCUCCCUAACCCUCACCCCUAACCAUCACCCCUUUCCCUAACCCUCACCCCUCACCUCUCUCCCUAACCCUCACCCCUCACCUCUCUCCCUAACCCUCACCCCUCUCCCUAACCCUCACCCCUCUUUCUAACUCUACAUGUUCCACAUCAUGGACCUGAUACUCUGUGAGUUACUGUACUCGCCCCAUCUGGCCCUCUCCCUCCCUGUCUCCUUUUACCCUUAUUCUGGCGUUCUACCCUCACUUCCUUUCUCUCUUUCUGGACAACCCUCCUUUCUCUGUGUACCCCAAACCCUCUCCCACUGUCUUUCUACUCUCACCUCCCUCUCUCUGUAUGGUAAUCCCAACCCUCUCCCUAUUUUUCUUUCUAGUCUCCCACUUGCCCUUCCUCUCCCCUCUUACCUCUACUCUGUUCAGUAACUCAGUCUCUAUUUUCUCUUCUCUCUCGCUCAGGGCAUCAGUGUGAUCUUCAACGUGGCUCUGGCUCUCCUGAAGGUGAGUUGCUGCCUCUGUGGAAACAUAUACACACACACACGCACACGCACACACCGCUAGUCACAAGGCUGCGUUACCACAGCGACGCACUGCAAGCUUAGACAUGGAGCCAAGGCUUCGAUUUCAUUCUCAUCCCACACACACACACAGCGUUCCUCCCACACCGUUCCUACUGUGCUCUUGGCAGCAGUAACGUUAUAGAGGGUUUUCCUGUGAGGGGGGUCUUGGCUGGGCCCAAAGCUGGAAAAGCUGGGACACGUCUCUCUCUGUCUCACACUGUUCCUCACCAUGUCCCUCUUCUCCUCUUCCAGACCUCGAGGGAAGACCUGCUGGCGACGGACUUUGAGGGGGCGCUCAAGUUCUUCCGAGUCCCGGUUCCCAAACGCUACCGCUCAGAGGAGAACGCUAAGAAACUUAUGGAACUGGCCUGCAGCAUUAAG